AUGGUCGCCCUUGACAAGGUUCAGCAGUCAAAUGCUCAGAUCACCACGACCUACCCGACAGGUCUAGUUGCGGUCUUUGCUGGCGCCACAGCGGGGAUUGGCGAGACCUCACUCCGCGAGUUCGCAAGGCACACACACAGGCCUCGGAUAUACAUAAUCGGACGCUCACAAGAGGCCUGCGGCCGUCUAGACGCAGGCCUCAAAACUGUCAACUCGGAAGGCCAAUACAUCUUCAUCAGGUCCGACAUCAGCCUGCUCCGCAAUGUCGACGACGUCUGCAGGCAGAUCAGGGACAAGGAGUCAGCCAUCAACGUGCUAUUCAUGAGCCAGGGGACACUUAACUUCAGCAAACAGACGGAAGAGGGCACGAGCUACCUCAUGAGCCUGACCUACUUAGGACGAAUGCGGAUGGCCAAGAACCUACUUCCAAAUCUGCAGCGGGCGACCGGGCUGCGGCGCGUUGUCUCCUCCUUCACGGGCGCCAAGGAGGGCAAGGUGUACGAAAAUGACUGGCAGGGCAAUGAAGGCAAGCUCCCAUUCACAGCCGCACGAGGUCACGGGGCAACAAUGAUGACACUGGGUCUUGCCGCGUUGGCGAGGGAGGCUCCGACGGUCUCGUUUGUCCACGCAUUCCCGGGAACUGUCAAGACAAACAUCAUCAGAAGCGACGAUGGUGCCAUCUUGAGGAUCGUAGACUUCGUCUCCAAGACCUUGUUCUUCAUGACUGGGUAUACGCCCAUUGUGGAGGUCGGAGAGAGGCACACAUUCUAUUGCACAAGCGCGCGUUUUCCUCCCAAGAAAGGUGCAGAGGAUCUAGGCUCAGCGGGAGUAGGUUUACCUGCUGGUGUGAAUGUUGCGAACGGUGUAGAUGGAAGUGGCGCCAGUGGUGUCUACUCAGUAGACACAUACGGCGAGAGUGCCGAUGCAAAGAUCGAGGAGCUCCUUGCAGAAUACACGAGUGAUGGGACGGCAGACAAGUUGUGGAGAUACACUGAAAGCGAGUGGAAACGAGUCACGGGGGCCUUGUCUCUGGAGGGCUGA